ACCUACUCAAAAGUAAAUGCCGGUGAGUUCAAUGGGGCUUACUCCCAUGUAAGUGUGCAUAGUAUAGUAAUAUAGGCGGCUGCUCUGUACUGAUUGGGGUAAGACAACAGGAUAAUCCAACCUCGUGGUUUGAGAAUGGAUUGAACUGGGUUGUGGUUGAACUGAGUUGUCUGAACCUAAUUUAAAUAACAAACUGCAGUGAACCACACACAGUUCACAACCCAACAGCGAACUAUGGGUUCUCUUCAUCGGUUGUUCAUGCUUGGCAAGCCAUGACAUAUUAUUUCAGCAGGGUUGUGAGAGUAUAACCAUAAUACAACAAUAAUCUAUACUUAACCCUAGAGCAGGGGUUGUUCUGCUGACUGAACCCAAUCAGACUGAACCCAUCAGAUGCUUAGUCCAGCUAGCCUAGUCAUUCUGACAUCCCAGAGUUUCUGGCAGAAAACUUUUCAGCCUUACCUGGAGAUGCCAGGGAGUAAAUUUUCAUGCAGAGUACCUUCUUUAUAUAUGAUUGUAACAAAAGGAAAGAUGAAGGUUGAAAUUAGAGUAGCCGUUUUUAAAAGCCCUUGGUCCUGGAUGUGAUAUAGAGACUUGAAGGCCCGGAAAGAGAGGGAGAUGUGAAGGGGGGUGGGGGUUAACAUUCAGGAAAAAAAUGGAGGAGUUGCAUUUUUUGUGCCUUUAUUUUUUCGAGUGGGCUACUGUUGAUUCUGCAUCAACGAUAAAUGUCUUGGGCGAUUCCCCUUCAGUCAAGUCUCUCAGUUGCAUCCUUUCACCACUCUUCCUUUUGCAUGCCUCUCCCUAAGCUUCUGUUGUAGGAGCAGAAUAUGAAUACAUUCAGUAUGACAAUGUGUAAAUAUUAAUGUAAUCAGGAUGCCCAUCACCAAUAGGCAGCAGUAAAUUUUGAUGGCUCCCCUUUCUCCUACUUCCCAGAAUGGUUACUGGCACUUACAGAGAAUAGGUUCCUGCUCUUUUUUUUAAACACCCUAAUGCCAUAUUAUAAUUAAGUGUCGUUUAGUUCAUUUGAACUUAGGCCAGUAUAUAAGAUUGCAACCUGAAUUCAUAAUGGUUUACAAAGACACCUUUGUACAAUGACAUCACGAGAACGAGGCCUGGGAAAUCCUUGUGGCCGUAAAAGGCAGGAUGUUGCAGUGGUGACGCCAGGGAACAAAAUGUCUGGAGGCUGGAAACAGAGACACCGGCUAGCAGUGCAGGAUCAGUGUGAAAAACUUAGAGAAGUAAAGAAGAAACGGUCCAAUGAAGCAGAUGUCCCUGAUCAUGUCUGCCAAGAAGUGGAAAGUUGCUAUCGACUCAAGAUGCCUGAAGACUUCUAUCACUUCUGGAAGUUUUGUGAAAAACUGAAUUCUGAUGCACCAUGUGAUGCACUUAAAUCAAGUAUUGGGCUUCAGCUAGUUGGACCAUAUGACAUUCUUGCUGGAAAACACACGAAAACGAAGAGUUCUGAAGGUGUGAACUUCAAUCUUCACUGGAGGUUUUUUUUUGAUCCUCCUGAAUUCCAGACGAUCAUUACUGGAGACUCCAAAAUGCAAUAUCAUAUGGGAUAUUUCAGGGAUACGCCAGAUGAACUACCAGUGUGGAUUGGUGAAAAUGAAGCCAAGAAAGGCUGCAUAAUUUCUCAAGUUGGUGACAAUAUUUUUGCUGCUGUAAAAUUAUUUUUAUCCAGAAAGCUUAAAGAACUGACUGAUAAAAAGAAAAGUGGCAUUUUGAAAGAUUUAGAUGAAAAACUAACCAAAGCAGCAAAAGAACUGGGUUAUUCACUGGAGCAAAAAACCUCGAAGAUGAAACAGAGAGAUAAGAAAGUGGUAACCAAGGCAUUUCAUGGAGCUGGUCUUGUUGUCCCUCUAGAUAAAAAUGAUGUUGGGUACAGAGAACUCCCUGAAUCAAAUGCUAGUCUCAAAAGAAUCUGUAAAGCCAUUGUAGAUGCUCCGAAUGAUGACCAGAGGCUAAAAGCCUUUGCUCCUAUUCAGGAAAUGCUAACUUUUGUUCAGUUUGCCAAUGAUGAAUGUGACUAUGGAAUGGGAUAUGAACUGGGCAUAGACCUCUUCUGCUAUGGGUCACAUUAUUUUCACAAGAUUAUUGGCCAGUUGCUGCCUCUUGCUUACAACUUGCUGAAGAGAAAUCUCUUUGCAGAGAUCAUCGAAGAUCAUUUGGCUAAUAGAAAAGAAGAGAACAUAGACAGACUUGCAGAAUGAUAAACAAUUACAUCAAAAUAGCAAGGCCUUUUGUCGUGUUUUUAAUUUUAUUUUUGAUGUGGAAUCGGUAUUUCAAUAUGCAAUAAACAUUUUUCUAAACAA